AUGGCGAAAUGGGGAGAAGGUGAUCCUCGGUGGAUUGUAGAGGAGCGAGCAGAUGCAAAAAAUGUAAAUAAUUGGCACUGGACUGAGAAGAACGCCAGUCAAUGGUCCAUUGACAAGAUCAACUCUCUUUUGAACGGGCUGGUUAUCGAUUCAGACGAUAUAUUUUGCGAGAUUACUCAUGUAACGAAAUGCGAGGGUGAGGCUGUGGCGAACAAUCGGAAGGCGAAAUUAAUAUUUUUCUACGAGUGGGUAAUUGAGGCCGAUUGGACAGGCCACAAGAAAAAGUCCCAGAACAAAACUAAAUUUAGAGGCAAGCUUGAAGUUAAUAACCUCAGUGAGGAAUACACUGCCGACGAGCUGGAUGUGUCCGACUUACUUAACUCUAACUCCACCUUGGAGCCUCUAACAAAUUUAUAUGUAACUUUCCGAAUAGAGUAUGGCAAGGACCUCAUUCUUCCAACAAAGGACUCCACUCCAAAGUCUAAUUCAACGGUGGUUAAUACGGAGGCCAUCGCUGCAAGUUUAAAAAAUGCAAAUUCUAUUGCACCAAAGUCAACGCACAAUAUUCCGGUGGACAAAUCCAAAACGGGCAAUAUCACUUUGGAAGAAGAUUUCCCAUGCGCUCCCCAAGACCUCUUCAACUUUUUCACGUCAGAAGAGUUAACAAGGAGCUUUACUAGGAGUGACGCCAAAAUCAACCCCGUUGUGGAUGGAACAUAUCGGGCCUUCGGCGGAAGCGUCAGCGGAACAUUUUGCGAAUUAAAACCUCCCUCCUUGAUUUCCAUGUCCUGGCGGAAACAAAACUGGCCGGCUGACCAUUUGAGUCUGGUCAAACUGGAGUUUAAACCUUCUGAUACUGGAACUCAUUUGACUCUCACACAGUGCAACGUGCCUGCUUCAGACAUGGAGGGUACAAAGACGGGUUGGAGUUCGCACUACUUUAUGGGAAUCCGAAGGAUUUUUGACUGCGGCGGCGGUCGUUUUACCUGA